AUGGCCACCGCAGAAACCGUCGAGCUCGGGGCCACUCAUGAGCCAAAGGAGGAGUCGCUCCGGGUCUUUGAGCAGAUUGAACAUGAAUUGAAGAAAACACUCGUUCAUAUCCGUCACGAGCAUGACAAACAUGAGCCGGAAUACUUUGCGGCUACUGAGCAUCUCAGUGAUGCCGAGUUAGCCGGCUUUACGCUUACGACUUCCAGCAAGUUCGUGUCGCCGUCUCCGCAUACGGGAUUCAUAUCUUCGGCAAAGUCAGGAUUCCCGCUCUGCCUGAUGAUGGCCCAGCCUACAUUCAUUUCCGUGCUUUCACCGGAGGCCCGGACGACGAAGCCAAGCUCCACAGUAUCCAUACCGAAGACAAGGAAGAACCCGAUGGUGGCCACACUUUCCGCGCCAUCUUCACAAAAAACGAUCCGCUGGAGUGCAAUAAAACAAGCCACUUUUUGCCCCCUUUUUUGA